UAAGCUUGAUAUUUUUUAAGACCAGUUAGAUUUCUACCCAUUCAAUUAUUAAUCCAAAAAAUGACUUGUUCGAGAGUGUUGGACACCAUUCAGGAUGGCGAAAGUUAUUGAAUGUUUAAAUUACAGCGGUUGCAGUAAUAUGGUUUAUGAGUAAUUGUACCAAAGGUCUCUCCGUUUCAAGGAAUGGAUAAAGGGCACCAAACAUCACAGCCAGACUAUACCUGGGUUUCCCUGGGACAUUGACGUCAUCAAUUAAUUCGAUAACCUAUUUUAUAUAAACCUACUCUGUUUUUUUUAUUUUUUGCUUGAUGACUCACUUAUGAAUAUGGGGUAUCCAGUUUUCCUUAAAUGCAAAAAUAGGUGGUUACACCGUCAUUACACGUUUUUAAGGGCGAAAAUCGUAUAAUCGUAUUUGUAGAAGGUUUUUAAACAUUGACGUAGGUACCUUUGCCACGAAAGACUAUAUAGGUGCGUAAGUAUACAAUAGGAUGAAUAGGAGCAGCUUAAAUUAAAAUUCUAAUUUACAUGUGACAGAUCAAAUGAUUAGAUUUCACAUUGAAACUACAAGUACUACAACGAAUUACCUUGUCAAUUUGUGAUAAGUUUAUAUUUUUUCAGUACUUGGUGUUGCAACUUGCAAGCGAUGUUCAUUAACGCCAGCCAUUCACUGCCAGCGCGAGCUACGCGUUACUAGCGCAGCCGAUACCACGGUUUUUUCUGUUUGCAACGAAAAGCGCAUAUGAAGAGAACCGGCCUAACGGGUCGCUGGCAGUGAACGUGUUAGGUUACUCUGACCCAAGAAAAACGGUGAAUUUAAAAGUGCUUAGAUUUGCAAGCCAUAAAGACACAGUAAUGGUCUAAUCAGUGCUAGUUUUAACGUAACCUACAUGUUAGUCGACUAAAGCUAAUAAUAAAGUUCAUAAGCUACGGUAGCCGCUUCAGGUAGGUUUUGCAAUUAUGAUAUAAAGAAAAUAGAAAGAGUUUUAAUAACGAAACUUCCGCGAGACACAGACAUAUUAAAUAUCAUCAUCAUUGGUCAUCAUCAACAUCAUGAUAGUCAUCGGGCGCGCAGGGCUGCGGCCUGCAGUCUGCGCCGAUCCGUCAACGCAAGCUCCUGACAACACUCCUCGGUACGGUGAAACAUGUCGAGCGUUUUCGACUUAAAAUACGUGAGUUUUAACAUAUUUAAUAUGAGAAAGAGUUUUCUAUAUAACCUUCAGGGACUUAUGUACUUCCAAGUGCAAGGUUAGCCGUCUACACCCGACAGCAAUGGCUUUACUUAGUCGUAAUUGAGAUGAAUGGCAGCCGAGCCGUGCCCGUUCGAGGAAAAUACGUCACAGUGCGGUUUUAGCGUAAUUAUUUCCAAUUAAAUUUAUAUAAUGUCUGUUUACUUGAGCCAUGGCUGGUUCAGUUUGAGCCGCGACGUGACGCGAACUGGUCGCUCGUAUGUGUGUCCUGGAGCCCAUGGAACUGUUGUGAAUGAGUGAGAACGUGAAUACUGAACAGUGCAUGAAAAUGACAAUGUCACCAUUGUCAUCGUCACCCACAAUGAGCGCCCGCGUGCAUAGGAAGGUGAUGCGCGCGCCGCACAAGCGGCAGCUGCCGGGCAAGAUGGCCCACGCGGGCAAGAUGGUGCACCCGGGCAAGGUGCACCCGGGCAAGCUGGCGCACCUGGGCAAGUUCGGGCGGCUGCAUUACUCGCACACGCACGCGCGGCCGCCGGAGCCCUGCGAGAACAGCAACGACAGCGGGCUCGGCCCCGACCACGAUCAGAGACAUAACACGGUUAACAGAGAACCCGAGGAGUGGGAACGGCGCGCGGCGGCGGUUAAGAUAGAGUGCGACGACGCCGCGAACGACGCGUAUGCGUUCUCGGCACCGAUGCAGGCCGCGCCCGCUUCCGUGUCCGCGCCCGCGCCCGCUACGACCGACGCCACCGUGAUGCCCCCUGUAAUACGAGCAGGUUGCAGCAUAUCUAGUCCCAGCACCGAAACAGAGACAAGACUAAACUACCCCGACUACCGGUCAUGCGGGAAGCUCGGCAGCGGGGGCAAGUACGCGGGCGGAGGCAAGCUCGCCGGAGGGAAACUAGGGGGUAAACUUGGGGGGAAGUUAGGAGGAAAGUUUGGAGGGAAGUUGGCGCAGGCCUUGGCGAGGAGAAGAGCGCUGGUGGCGAUGACGCAGGGCGCGCCGGGGCUGGCCGCGCCGCUGUCGGGCCGGUCGAGGGACGGCACGGUGGAGCUGCAGAUACUGUGCCAGCCCGAGACACAGCACAGAGCCAGAUAUCAAACGGAGGGCAGUCGAGGGGCGGUGAAGGACAACUCCGGGAACGGGUUCCCAGUAGUCAAGUUGGUGGGCUACGACAAGCCUGCGGUGCUACAGGUAUUCAUCGGCACGGACACAGGGCGGGUGGCGCCGCACAUGUUCUACCAGGCAUGCCGCGUGUCAGGCAAAAACUCCACUAGCUGUAAAGAGAGGAAAGAAGACGGCACCGUAGUCAUCGAGAUCGACCUGGAGCCGGCGCGCAACUGGCAGGUGACCUGCGACUGCGUCGGGAUUCUCAAGGAGCGUAACGUGGACGUGGAGCACCGGUUCGGCGAGCUGGGCGGGCCGGCGGCGCACGUGUCGCGCGGCAAGAAGAAGUCUACCCGCUGUCGCAUGGUGUUCCGGACGGAGAUCGUCAACGCGGACGGACAGACCGAGACGCUGCAAGUCUGCUCCACGCAGAUCAUAUGCACGCAACCCCCUGGCGUGCCGGAAGUGUGUCGAAAGUCUCUAGUGUCCUGUCCGGCGACGGGGGGCCUGGAGCUGUACCUGUUGGGGAAGAACUUCCUCAAGGAGACACGCGUCGUGUUCUGUCAUCGUCAGGACGGAAGAAGCAUAUGGGAAGAUGAAGUCGUGCCUGACAAGGAGUUCCUGCAGCAGACACACCUAGUGUGUUGCGUGCCGCCGUACAUCCGCACGGACAUCGCCGAGCCCGUUUCCGUGCAACUGUUCGUCCGGUCGGGCGGCAAGGCGUCCGAGCCGCACAGCUUCACGUACACGCCGCCGGCGCUGGACACGGGCCCGCAGCACUGCACCCGACACCACACGCAAGGUGCCGAGGACGCGCGGCCCGUGCUGCUGUGGGGCGGCGCCAUGAUGCCGCCGCCCGCGCCGCCCGCGCGCCGGCCCUCGCUCAUCGUGCCCGACCCGCACGAGCCGCUCGGGCUCAAGGCCGAGCUGCAGGACGACUCCAGCCAGCACAGCCUGCACGAGCACGCCGACUCCUGCGGCCCCGACGGGCCCGAGCGCCGCGCGCCGCUGCUCUCCGACGACCUCAAGGUGGUCGACCUGCGCCUCAAGGCCGAGGCCGGCCGCGACGGCUCCUUCGCCGCCGCCUACGACGCCAUCAAGCUGUCCCCGCCCGCCGCCCCGCAGAGCGAGCCGCCCUCGCCCCUCGCCUCCUUCACCCAGCAGCUCCAGGCCAUCCAGAACCAGGUGCAGACCGACAAGAUGGUCGAGUCCGUCACCGCCGCCAUCUUCAACUCGGACGACCCGGGCGGCCAGAUGUACCCCGCGCCGAUGCCCAUGCCGAUGCCCAUGGAUCCGAUGCACCGGCUCAUCUCCGCCAAGAACAACGCGAUGCCGAUGCAGCAGGACAUGAAGGCGCUGAACCGCGAGCUGAUGAUCGCCGACGCGAGCAUGCAGGUGGCGGCCGCGAGCAUGCAGGCCGCCGCCGAGCCCGGCCUGCUCACCUUCGGCCACAUGUCGCAGCCUCAGCAGCGGCCGUCCGAGCCGUUCAACCCUUUCACGAUAACCAAGAUGGAGAUGGAGACCGAUCAGAUAGAGCAGCGGAUCGCGCAACAGACCGCACACAUGGAGGCCCUGGUGGAGGACGCGAUGAAAGCGACGGCGGUGAUGCUGCCGGCCGACGCGGCCAAGCUCGACGAGCUGGUCAACUCCCGCGUGGAAGACCACCUGUCCGGCGCGUCCGCGUCGUCCUCGACGGCGUCGCACGCGUCCGACGUGCUGCUCAGCCCCUCGGCGGCGGUCGGCGCGGUGCCGCCUCACGACACUCUGAUGGCCCCUCUGCCGACAUCCGCAAUCUCCCCCGACGUGAUCUUAAACCCCCAAGUGUCCCCCAGCAUGCUGUGCGAUGCCGGGCCGCGCAUGGUCAUGCAGACUCCGGCGCCGUCGCAGGAGGAGCUCAUGAUGAUGACGGAGCUGACGUCGUCGGUCAAGACGCCCCCCUCCGCCGUCAAGUCCAUGAUCCUGAACGCGGCCGCGGAGAUCCUGACGUCCGACUCGACCAUGAACGCGCUCGUGACGUCGGCGAUCAACACCGCCAACAUCCUGACGACGGAGAGCGCGGGCGGCGCCGCGAUGCAGAUGCCGGAGCAGCCGAGCCCGAGCGAGCCGGCGGCCGACCCGCCGCUGUCGGCCAUGUCGCAGGCCGUGUCGCAGGCCGUGACGCAGGCCGUGUCGCAGGCCGUGUCGCAAGCCGUGUCGCAGGCCGUGUCGCAGGAGAUGACGGCGCCCGUGCAGGGGCUCACGGACAUGAGCGACAGCGACCUGCUCUCCUACAUCAACCCGAGCACCUUCGACCAGGUUUAAACUGCGGCGCCCCGGGACGGCCGGGAACAGACAGUGCUAUGCAUAUGCAUUUCAUAAUAUAGUGACGUGUCGAAUGCUCAAAGCAGUUUUUACGUGAAUUUUUAAUGGACCGGAUGAAUGGAUGCUAGGACAAGCGACGUGGACACAUCUCCUUGCGAUGGCUGGAAGUGUUAAUGAUUCUCAAUAUUAUAUUCGUGUAUGGAGUGUCUGGAUGUCUGUAAACAGCGGACGAGUCAAUUAUGUUUUCAUGUGAGUCAGUAUUACAGGGCUAAUAAAUUACAUAUACAUUGUAUGCAACUGAAUCCUUGGAGUAUCCGUGGGAGUGGAUGGACGUCAUUUCUGAAUUUUAUGUAAAUAGUGAUAGCUUUGUAUCGAUGUUGUUAUUACAUUAAUUAGUUUUGUAAGUGUCGAUGCGAAUAGGAAUAUACAUAAUCAUGUUGUUAUGCUUGAUGUUCGAGGGUUAAGUUAGGUGGAGAAUUUAAUCGAUGAUCGAUUAAAUUGUUUUACGCAGCUUUGGAAAUGUUAUUAAAGAUGAAGCCCUAUUAAGUUAAGAUUUACAGAUUAUGGGACAGUACUUUCGAUUCCGGAUUACUUUUUUUAUUAAAUUGUAGUUGGAAGUUACAAUACCUACAUGAAAAUACUGACCUGUAUUCGUUAAGUUAUAAAAGAAGUAAUCUACUAUUUGAGUUUUCUGGAAGUAAUUCGUGUGUUAAUUUAAUGUUAAGUAUGUUAUUUGAACGUUUUUAAAUUAUCCUAAUAUAUUUAAAUUGACGAUUUGAUUCGAUAAAUUAUAAUCAUGAUUUUAGUUUAUCGAACUUGACCAUUUUUUACACGCUUCUAAAAUCAAGUUAUUGAAUAGUUUUUGAUUUUAAUUAUAAGUGAAUAUGUAGUAGUCAUUAUUUGUAUAAAGAGGAAAUCAAAUAGUAAAUUAAUUUCAAUUAAUCUCAUGCAUUGUAGCACACGAUGGAAGUUGAAUGUCGCUUUUGAUAGCGAUAAGUAUGUUUUGAAAAAAUAUUGCCAUCCUAUAAAUUACAUUAGGUAAAACUUACAACAAUUUUGCCGUGACAAUAUGCCAACUUUAAUUAUUAAACUACAUAUUACGUAAACUAUCUUGAGUCGUAUAUUACGAAUGGUAUUAGUAUGCGUUUUUUUUUUCAAAAUUUUGAGAAUCUGAUAUUCGUGGUUUUCUUUAGAAAAGGGCCCGUAUGUACAAGGCCCUUUUCUAAGGAAAGCCAAAUUUUGUCAUAGCUAAAUUGUUGUAAUGUAGCCAAGGAUGGCGUAAGAUCGGUAUGAGUAAGUGCUUUACUGAGCGCGGGAGGACAUAAUACUUGCGACUGAAAAAAAUUAUCCCGAAUGUAACGGCAGGUGGCUUCUCAAGUUCAGCAUUACGUAUAUGUAAAAACAACAUUGUCGUGUACACUGUAAUUCCUAAAUCUCAUAUGUGGCAUUAUCUAUGAAAAGGGACCUUAUUGUCGAUGGCGCUUACGCCGCACUGCGUAGCGCGACGUUGUUUAUAAUAUUGGAGCAUCGUUCAUAAUGGCGUAACCGCCACCGACAAUAAGGUCCCUUUUCAUAGAUAAUGUCACAUAUUAUUAUUGUCGGGAAGAACCACAAAAUAUUUUUUCUUCAAUCUUUACUAUAUUCCGUCUUAAUACACCUAUAAGUACUAUAAUUUUAUUAUUAUUGUAUAUACUUUGCACACGCCAAUGUUAGUUUUACAAUAAAUUUAUUAAAAUGGUAUUUGAGAAUGCUACCAGUCGAAGAGUUAGGUCACAUCUUUCGCCUGCAUGUCCUCAAAUUGUGAUAUGUAACGAAAAAUAUUAUUAGCUUAAUGUCGACAUAGUAGCUAAAUAUAUAUGUAAGGAAAACUGUACUGAUGUGAUUAGAGCAAAGAUUUAUUAUAAUCAUAUAACAGAUACUUUUUAUAGUAAUGUUGAAUGCUACAUGUUAAAUGUGCCAUUACUGUGUGUAACCUUUAGCGUAGUUAAUGUAAGUGUAAAUGACCCCUGAACCAACACUCGCUGACAAUUCUGACAUGACAAAUAUGUUAAAUUCAAUUCAACUCAUUAUUCAAAUAGUCAAAAAAAUCUAAUUAGAGUCAGGCUAAGCUUAAUUGCACCGUGUUUGAUAAUGAUAACACAGUGGAAGUGUUAUCAUAAACGUCAAACUUCUAUGAAAUCAUAACGUUUAAAAUAACACUUGCACAUUCUUUACUAUGAAACACAGUGCAGAGUUAGCUUAGUCUGACUCUAGAAAGCUAUCUUAAUCUCUGUCGCUUUUUGCGUAAUCGAAUAUUAGAGACUAUCCAAUUAUAAGGCAAUAUGGACUGAACAAUUUGGCUUUAUUGGCUGAUAGUAAGUUUACAAAAUUUAUAAUAUGAUGCUUGAAUUUAUAGUGGAUUUUUUCUAAGAUCUCGUACGUAUUUGACUGUUAUGUAUUGACCCUUAUAUACCUACUGAAUAAGUAAUAGUACUACCCGACAGAAAAUAACCUUCCUAUAAAACCGAAUCUUGACAGCGAUUCAGGGACGAUUCAUGCUGUCCCUUAAUGUAUGGCAAUAUCCCUUUCGGCUAUUUAACGUUGUCAAAAUUCAUGUCAUUAUCUUAUCUGUGGUCGUACACGCAAAGGGACAUCAAGUUGUGCCAACCCUGAUAUUUGCUCGGAACAAUGCUGAGCCGAACGGGACCGAGAAUGACCGAAAGGAUCGGUUUCGCCCCCCUGACUAUAUCUACCGUUGAACUGAUGGCCUUAACGUCAUAUACGUGGAUCAAUUGAUAACUGUUAAACAUGUCAUCUUAUGUCGCGGCGACUAUCAGAGUAAAGUGACGAGCACGGUCUACGGCCACUUCGAAAAAGCAAGACCAAUUAUCAUAUUACUCGUACUAUCAAACUCGGUCUAGCUCGUUUGUCAUGUCAUAGUUGCUAGAACAAGUUGGUUUAGGGUAAAUCAUUUCGGCCGACUUGUACAACUUUUAAAACACAAGUUUGAUAUUUUUGAACAUCGAUAAUGCAACAUAUAUUAGAAGGAAUUGGUGUGGUCUCAAAAAAUCUGCCAAAAAUUAAAAUAAUGACAAUAUGGUGCGUGGUAUAAUAUCACAUAUAUUAUAAAAAGCAUAGGUAUAUGACCAAUUGACCAUACCCACAGUUUUACAACAAGAGUGCCUUCAGCUCGACACACAGAACCGAUAUCAGGGACCAGAAACAAUAUAAUUGUUCAAUAGAAUAAGGCUACGAGGGGAUUAUCAGUCCAAUUAAAAUUUACAAAACAACAUUUAGGAACAAAAUAGCCAAGAGUUUAUGCUCAAGCACUUUCAAGAUUUUCGUAUUUAUAUCAAAGUCGAUUAUUUAUCAAUUGAAAGUUUCAUUAAAAUUUAGCAACUUUACAAAAAAAUGUAUAAAGAUUAAGAAUUAUCUAAUUGUUUAGUAAAAAUAUUGAUAUACUUCGAUAGAAAUAAAUGAUAAAAAUUUGUAUUUUAGAUGAUUUUAAAAGCGCAAAACAGUGAAGAGAAUGAACAAACCGUAACCGUAAAUUUUUUGAAAUGAUGGUGCAAGGGAUAAUGCAUUAUAUGUCACUGAAAAUCGUAAAAUAUCUUAACCCACUCAUGUUUAUAAAAAAGAAAUGAUUUGUUGUAUCUAUUACCUUGAAAUGUUCUGUAACAUAUCACACAAUUAGGUCAAAGUUCAUAUUAAUGAUUGUCACAAAUGAUACAAUUUAUCAUCUUUUAGAAUGUCACAUGCUGGAUCGUUUAUAUUAAAUAAACUAAAAUGAAAGGAAUACAUAUUUGUGUUAAAAGCUAAUUCUCAAAAUUUAAAUUUGUUAUACUUAUGGCGUAAACAUACCGGGUCGUUCACCGAGUCGGUCGCCAAAUGUAUGAGGUUGCCAACCGACAUUGUUUCAUGUGAUGAACGACUGUGUAAUUGAGCCAUUGUCUUUGAAAACUCAGUUUUAGGACAUGUUAACUUUUCCAUGGACCAAGUCCAGUAUUUAAACUUGUUUAUAUUAAAGCAUUUUUUUAACGUUACGUGGUUUAAAACCUUUUAAAUCUUAGAAGGGUCAAGGAAGCAAAUUGAUCAACGAAUGAAGUUUUAAUGAUGAACGUUUUAACCUUUUGGUUCACGUUCUUCUUCUCUUCUACGUUAUCCUUGAUAUCUUUAUUACUGGUUCAAUGUAGUUGAUCUCUCAAAUAAAAUUAUUACAAUCACUGUGGUCUUCCAAUUAGUUUGAAGCGUUCACAAGAAAAAUAUUGCCGACUUAAUAUUGACGUUAUUUAAUUUCUAUCUUGUUUUGAAUGAUUUGAUAAAUUUAAAAAUGGUACGACUGAAAUAUAUAACUAUUUUACUAUUGCUGAUUUUUAAUAUAAAGUAUGAUAAUUUUAGUUACAUGAAACAUGCUAGUUGGCUAUUUUUCUUUUGAGCGUUCAUUUUUAUAAUGGAUCUGAUUCAAUUCAAUGUAAUUAUAAUUCACCACUCGAUAUAUUUCCUGGUAACCGGCACUCGGUUAUUGUUAAAUAAAAUAAGAAAUAUUACUAUUCUAUUCUUUCAAUGUGUCCCUCAACUGUUUAAUAUAUCGUGACUACCCAAUUAUACUGUUAUAUGCAACGGAUACGCCGCACGUUCAGUAAUAUGAAUACUAAUUUAUAAGCAAAUGUAUUUAAAUUAGAACCUUAUUUUCAUAUGACUAGUUUAAGAAUGAAUUUUGAAUGAAUAUUGGGUGUUAUAUUACUAAACGUGUGAUUCUGUAUCGCUCCGUCGGUAGAUUUCUAGUCGGUCCAAUACAUUCAAUGCAACUUGCCGAAAUGUUUGAAAUUGUAUGUUAUUUGUUUUGAUGUACUAAUUAAUUAAAUGUUUUGAAAAUUA